GGUAUUGUCUGACGGGCAUCUGAGCUCCGGGGAAACGUAAAGCACGGAGAAGACAACGGGCUACUAACUUCAAAUGAACAAAGUGUCAAGGUCUUGGGGUCGUACGCGUGGAGGGAGUCACUUCUUCUUCGUGCAGAUCUGUCUUCUGCGGCGAAUAUUAACUCUAGGCUUUUCUAGACCAGAGGCCUACAACAUCCUGCUCUAAAACUAGAACGACCUCAGUGCCGGUGGAUAAUCCCCUCCGAAGCACAGCUAGUGAAUUUGAUCUGACGGUGGAUACUACAGCUUCCAUCCAGACAGCAAACCAAAGCAGAGCAUUUGCAUUGCUCCUUUUAAAAAAAAUAUAAUUGAGUCAUAACUUUGACUAGUUGCGUUCCCGUUUUUGCAAGGAUUCAUAUAGCUGUGAGAUUUUUAAAAAAUCUAUAAAAAUGCGUCUUGGAAUGGAAGCAGCGGACAUAGCUGUGGUAGCACUAUAUUUUGUCCUGGUGCUAGUCAUCGGGUUUCUUGCCAUGUGGAAAGCCAAUCGUGGCACUGUGAGCGGCUACUUCCUGGCCGGAAGAUCCAUGACGGGGAUAGUGAUAGGCGCAUCACUCUUCGUCAGCAACAUUGGCAGUGAACAUUUCAUAGGCCUGGCUGGGUCAGGAGCAGCAAGUGGCUUUGCUGUUGGAGCUUGGGAAUUUAAUGCAAUUCUACUUCUGCAGCUGCUUGGCUGGGUGUUUGUCCCUGUGUACAUCCACUCGGGAGUCUACACAAUGCCUGAGUAUCUUUCGAAGCGCUACGGCGGCAGCAGGCUAAAGAUUUAUUUUGCUUCCUUGUCUGUGUUACUGUAUAUUUUUACCAAGCUGUCUGUGGACUUGUAUGCUGGAGCUCUCUUUAUUCAGGAGUCCCUGGGAUGGAACAUUUAUCUGUCUAUUGGCCUGCUCAUUGGCAUGACUGCACUGCUCACGGUCACUGGUGGAUUGGUGGCAGUAAUGUACACAGAUGCACUUCAGGCAGUACUGAUGAUUGGCGGAGCCCUAACCUUAACCAUUAUCAGCCUACUCAAGGUUGGCGGGCUAGAGGGAGUCAGAACUAAGUACAUGCAGGCAGUUCCCAAUAUUUCUGCUAUAAUGGCCAGUGGAAACUUCACCUAUUCUCCUUCCUGCCGCAUAGAGCCUAAACCAGACUCUCUACGCAUCCUUCGAGGUCCCCUGGAUGAAGACAUCCCAUGGCCAGGCUUCAUUCUUGGCCAGACCCCGGCAUCUAUUUGGUAUUGGUGUGCAGACCAGGUCAUUGUUCAGAGAGUAAUAGCGGCAAAGAACAUUGCUCACGCUAAGUGUGCUACACUCAUGGCUGGAUUCCUCAAGGUCCUGCCCAUGUUUUUAAUAGUCAUUCCAGGAAUGAUCUCCCGCAUCCUGUUUGUGGACGAGAUCGCAUGCAUUGGGCCAGAGCACUGCAUGGCUGUGUGUGGCUCUCAAGCCGGCUGCUCAAACAUUGCCUACCCACGCCUGGUCAUGGCGGUGAUGCCUGUGGGACUCAGGGGUCUGAUGAUGGCAGUCAUGAUCGCUGCCCUGAUGAGUGAUCUAGACUCUAUCUUCAACAGUGCAAGCACCAUCUUCACACUGGACAUCUACCAAACAUUUCGAGGGAAGCCAUCUCAGCGGGAGCUGCUUACCGUGGGCCGCAUCUUUAUUGUGCUCAUGGUGGCAAUCAGCAUUGCCUGGGUCCCUGUUAUUAUUGAAAUGCAAGGUGGACAGACCUACCUCUACAUCCAGGAAGUAGCAGGCUACCUCACACCCCCAAUUGCCGCCCUCUUCCUGCUUGGAGUGUUCUGGAAACGGUGUAAUGAGAGAGGUGCCUUUUGGGGCGGCAUGACAGGUUUCACACUUGGUACCGUACGACUGAUACUAGCUUUUAUUUACCGCCAGCCUCGCUGCGACCAGCCAGAUGACAGGCCUGCCUUCAUCAUUCAUGUUCACUACAUGUAUUUUGCUGCUGGGCUGUUCUGGAUUUCAGGAUUGGUGGCGGUGGUGGUCAGCCUCUGCACCUCUCCACCAGAUGAGGAGCAGGUUCGCACCACUACAGUCUGGGGGCUCCGCUACAUUGAAAAGUUUCCCACGAAAGACCAAGCGGAAAUGUACAGACUGACCGAGAAGAGCCUUAGUAAUGGUGAUGGAGGCCUUCAUAAAGAAAUGCCCCCGGAUGUCAGAAAGGAGAGGUGUUUGGAUGGGGCGGAUGUCAAACUUCUGGUCCCAUCCACUGACCAUGACCCAGCAACCCCUAGUACAGAAACAUCCCCUGCCACCACCCCUGCAGAACAAACUGGUAAUGAAAGAAUGGAGAUGAUCAGAGCAGAAGAAGGCUGCCAUAGUAAUGGGGAGACUAGCAGGUGUAUGCGUUUACUGGAAUGGUUUUGUGGAUACAAGGAGGGAGGACAGAGUGGUGAGCAAAAAAUAGUGCAGGAUAAUGCAAGAGUCCUUGCAGAGAUGCUGUAUGAGCCACCCAGAGUUAAACUCCUCCUCAAUGUGGGACUGUUUUUCGUCUGCUCUGUGGGCAUCUUCUUGUUUGUUUAUUUCUCACUGUAGUUGAACCCUGCACUGAACUAAUAAGAACUGCUGCAGGGGGCUUUUAUUGAGGUGAAAGUUGUGUGGGAGGGGCUGUUACAACUAAACAGUUGAAUCUCCAGAGAUUUGAGAAGCUCUGUAAUAUUUACAGUUGUCCUUUAGCUCUCUUAAUAGGGAUCUAAGCUUAUUCUAAUCAUUUUUUUUUAAAUGAUUAAUGUUUCUUCAAUUUGAGACAAAUUGUACUCUUUUAUGACUAUGAAGCUUACUGUAUUUGGCACAGGCGUGUCCAUUUUGUACAGCGCUUGUUAAUCCUGCACUCAGAAUAUCUCCUGGGAUUUCUAGAUUUGUUGUACUAUUAAGUGAAUUUAAUAUUUGCCUUUAUAUAUGCACUUGUCUUUUUCUUUAUAUGGUGAAAAAUAACUAUUCUGUGAUUUAAGCUCUUCCCACUCUUGUUGACAGUAACUGUAGGCUUAGUUGCUGGUGUAGCAUACAUAUGUCUGUAGUAACUCACACUAUUUUAGCUUAGAAACCAUGAGAGUUUUGUACAAGUUUCUGCCGCUGAACAUUAUUACUACAUUUGUAUCAUCAGAAAUUUAAUGUGAUUUACAAUUAUUUUUAUUGUGCCUUGGACAUGUCAAGGUUAUUAGCAAGUUACCAUAUCAAUCUUUAUUUUUCUUGAAUAGGUGGAAAUUAUAUCCACUUUUUUUUUUUUUUUUGUUUUUCUUUAAGGGAGACCAUUAUGAAGUUUGAAAGUUAAUAUUAUGUGUUAAAGAAACAUUGCUUCUCUGCUGCUGUUGUAUCUGACCAAUGUUUUUAUGGUGAUUAUCAUAAUAACCAGUGAUACAGCUUACUGGAGGUAUUGCAUCAAAAAUAAUUUCCAUAAGCUUUACAGUAAAUAUUUGGUAUUUUGAAUAUGUAUGUGCUUUGCAGCACGGGAACUGAGGAGAAGAAGCACAGAAAAUUAGAAAAUGUUGCCCUUUAAAAAAAAAUCACAUUAAGCUAAAAUACACUAAGGCUGGCUGUUCAAUGUGUUGUCACUGUAAGGGACUCUAUAUAUUGCGUUUUCUACUACUGUGUUUAAAAAAAACUUUGUGGUUGUGUUCUGUGUUACAUUUCAAAGCUACCAUAAAGCUUUUUAUGCAAUACUAUUGUAUCAUGACAAAAAACUACGAGUACCAAUAUUCGUGAUUCUGUAUCAAUUUACAUUUUAUGCAUUUUGCAGUGUUGCAAAAUGUGUUGAGUCUGUUGCAUUAUGUAAACAUUUUGUACAGUAUAAUUCAGGGCUCAUUUGAUCACCCACAACAUACCUUUCAUCUCUUGUGUAUCUACUGUGUGUUAUAGGAUCUUUUAGUGAACUGCAGUCUGAAAUGUCAUAUCAUCAUGUUUCAAGUGGAUCUGUUAUAAACCUCUGAGUGGAAUAAAAACAACAAAUAAGGAGUUCAGAGUUCAAUUUAAAAGCCAUUUAAUAGUAAUCAGUUUUGUCAGAGAAUGGUAGUGCAAAGCAGAAAUUACAUUUUAAACAUUUGUUGCAGGAUUAGCACAUCACUGGAUGAGCUUAGUCAUGACAUUAUCAAGAGUAAUUCAACAAGGUGCAUUAUGUUGCUGGCCUUA